AACUUCUUCUCCAUAUAAUGUAAUCUGCAAAUUCAAGUACCAAACCAAGAAUUAGAUCCAUCAUUCAAGGAAGAGAUGCCUUUCGGGUUGGUUUCGGCAUGGAACAAGCGGCGGAGAAGUAAGGCCCAUGAGACAGACCCUUGGGUUUACAAACCGGCGGAGUAUUGGCAACUUGACAAUCAAACAUCCAAGUCCACAAAGCGACACCAUGGAUCAUCGGUUUUCACUCUCAAGGAAAUGGAAGAUGCAACAUGCUCUUUCAGUGAUGAGAAUUUUCUCGGAAAAGGAGGGUUUGGCCGAGUUUACAAGGGAAUUCUGCGGUCAGGAGAGGUUGUCGCAAUCAAGAAAAUGGAGCUGCCGCCAUUUAAAGAAGCUGAAGGGGAGCGCGAGUUUCGUGUAGAAGUCGACAUCCUGAGCAGACUUGACCACCCAAAUCUGGUUUCCUUAAUAGGCUACUGUGCAGAUGGGAAGCAUCGGUUCCUAGUGUAUGAAUACAUGCAAAAUGGAAACCUGCAAGAUCACCUAAAUGGUUGGCCCACCGCACAAUAUCUGUUUCUACACCAGCUUUCUUGCGUUGAAUGUUUAAGCAUGUACAAGUUCAUUACAGGGAUUGGGGAAGCAAAGAUGAGCUGGCCUAUAAGGCUCAAAGUGGCACUUGGAGCAGCAAGAGGACUUGCUUAUCUACAUUCAAGUUCUUCUGUUGGGAUUCCAAUUGUUCAUAGAGAUUUUAAAUCCACUAACGUUCUGCUAAAUUCCAACUUUGAAGCAAAGAUAUCUGACUUCGGAUUGGCCAAGUUGAUGCCAGAAGGCCAGGAAAUUUAUGUGACUGCUAGGGUUCUUGGCACGUUUGGCUAUUUUGAUCCUGAGUAUACAUCGACAGGGAAACUCACUUUACAAAGUGAUGUUUAUGCAUUUGGGGUCGUUCUUCUAGAGCUACUGACUGGACGCAGAGCUGUUGACUUGAACCAGGGGCCAAAUGAUCAAAACCUGGUAUUACAGGUCAGGCAUAUACUGAAUGACAGAAAGAAACUACGAAAGGCAAUAGAUCCCGAGCUUCCCCGCAAUUCAUACACCAUGGAAUCUGUAGCCAUGUUUGCAAACCUCGGAUCUCGCUGUGUCCGUAUUGAAAGUAGCGAGAGACCCUUGAUGUCUGAUUGCGUAAAAGAACUCCAACAAAUAAUCUGUACAAAUUCAAAAGGUUUGGGUAUAGCUAUUCCCACUUUCAGAAUGGUCUAGUAAGCCUAGUUUUUUUAUCAGGAUUGAAGCUUUCUUAUAUCAAUAAUAAGGAGUCCUCUUAUCUUCUUCCAAUAGGCUCUUCACACUUAAAGCUUUAGAAGCUCAGGGACUCAUGUCAAAUAGUAUCAUUAAAAAAACCAGAGGAAAUAUUCCUCAUAUGUCUGGUUGGAGUCAGCAACAAGCAUCAGCAUUUUUCCAAGUAUGUAUAUAAGGAAAAGAGUCCAUACAGAUUGUACUAUAUAAAUACAGGAAACAUCUAGUCAUCACCUAUAUAAAGUUACUUGUGUUCUUAAAUUGAUUCUAUUACUACCAUACUAAUAGAAUCAUUUUAUUUUUCAUUCA